AUGAGCGAUCAACAACCACCACGUAAAGAUCCUCCCAUUUUCAAACACUUGAGCCCCAAGACUCAAGGUUUCCUACGAGCCUCCGCACCCCAAAGAGACGAACACGCAAGACUCAACGACAACACCAUGUCUACCGAACAGACCUUCAUUGCUAUCAAGCCUGAUGGCGUCCAGCGUGGACUCGUUGGCCCCAUUAUCACCCGAUUUGAGGCUCGUGGAUACAAGCUCGCUGCUAUCAAGCUCAUGACCGCCAGCAAAGAGCACCUCGAGCAGCACUACGAGGAUCUCUCCACCAAGCCAUUCUUCCCAGGACUCAUCAAGUACAUGGGUUCCGGACCAAUCUGCGCUAUGGUUUGGGAAGGUCGUGAUGCUGUCAAGACCGGCCGAACUCUCCUCGGUGCCACCAACCCUCUCGCCUCUGCGCCAGGUACCAUCCGUGGUGACUACGCCAUCGAUGUCGGCCGCAACGUCUGCCACGGCUCCGACAGCGUCGAGAACGCCAAGAAGGAAAUCGCUCUUUGGUUCAAGGAGGGAGAGGUCCAGUCAUGGAAGUCUGCUCAGCACGACUGGGUCUACGAGAAGUAG